CUUUUUUUUACGCACAGUUCCUACAUAAAGGCUGUGAGAUAAAGUGCAGUUAAAACAAUUCAGUGAUACGAGAUUUGAGAGAUGGCAGAGGAGCUUGCCAAUGUGAGGAAGAAGUUUGUGGAAAAGGCCGAGCAAGAACUGAUUUACCAGCUCCUGGACGACCUUUUAGACGACCGAGUCUUGAAUGGCGGCCAGAAAGACUCAAUAUGUCAGGAGAACAGAACCACAGCAAAUAAGGCACGCAGUCUCAUUGAUAUGGUGAGGAAGAAAGGAGAGGAAGCCAGCAGAAAAAUGAUCGCUCACCUUCAAAGCAGAGAUCCUUCACUUUACGCUGAACUGGGUUUGUCCUCUGGUCAACCUACUCAGCCAGCUGCAGAGCCCCAGAUGGAUCAGGAAUGGUCAACCACACUCAUCCGUACCAGCGAGACAUUCUGGAAGGAGAAGCUGAAUGAUAGAAAUAUAUACCCCGCGCCCAAAAAGUCCAUUAGCAAUCGUGUGGCCUUGCUAAUCACUAAUAUAAAGUUUACCGAUGAGCAAUUCAACAGAAAUGGAGCUGAGAAGGACGAGGAGAAUAUGGAGGAACUGCUCACAGCUCUGGGAUACGAGGUUGUGAAACACACAAACCUCACAGGAAAGGCAAUCGAUGAUGCUGUAAUUGAGUUCUCUAAACAUCCGAAACUUAAAGAGACAGACAGUGUGUUGUUGGUUAUCAUGUCACACGGGAAACUGGGAACUGUCUGUGGUGUCGACUUGAAAAAAAAGAUAUCUCAUGAUGAAAAACCUGAUGAGUUCCCCAUCAACAACAUUUACAAGCACCUGGGCCCAGAGAAAUGUCCAGCACUGCUGAACAAACCCAAGAUCAUCAUCAUCCAGGCCUGCAGAGGAGGGGAAAAAGGAGCAGUGCUUGUUAGCGAUGAUGCAAACCCAGAUGUGGCCUGUGAUAAUGCUGGUGAAGAAAACAUCGAGGAAGAUAAUUUACGAUGUGUAAACAAAGAAAAAGACUUCAUUUCUCUUCUUUCCUGCACCCCUGAUACUGUCUCAUAUAGACGACCGGAUCGUGGGUCUUUUCUCAUCCAGUAUGUUGUUGAGGUAUUGAACACUUUUGCACAUAAGGAUGAGAUCGAGGAACUUUUCAGAAAAGUCAUGCUACGCUUUGAAGAUUUUCCUGAUCAAACCAGAAGACAGAUGCCGACCAAAGACAGAUGCACUCUGACAAGGCGCUUCUACUUCUUUCCAGGCCUCUGAGGCAGCAUUCACUUCUGUUUAACACAGACUUGUAGCCAAAUGAUGUGUCAAUUGAGAUACUACUUGAAUAGAUAAUAGAUGUGAAUAGAUAAAACUGAUUGAUGAUGAACUGAAUGGGCCUAUCGGUCACAAGCUUGGGGUCCCAAAUUACAGAGAAAAGAGGUUUCACUAUACAAAACAGUUUCCAGCCUUGGGAUUUUUCCCAUUUUAUAGUAGGGGUGGGAGAGAUUUUAUCUCUCUGUGUCCAGAGGCCCUUUGUCUCAUAGUCCUUCCAUGAUACAACUAAUAUGAUAAAAUACAAUAACAUGUUUUAAAUAUAAAUAACAGUAUGUAAGCCUUUGAAUUAAAGGAGCAUUUUUAUCAACUUGCCAUUAACGCAGACAUGUGUGUCAAUGUAGGCUGUUGCUGUCCUGUUAUGCUUUUAUACAAAAUGUGUGACACUUGACUAUCCAAAUAAACUUGUCGUAAGUUAAUUCCUUGGACAGUUAAUAUUUUUUGUCUGGUCGAUUUAGCAAUACAUUAACGUCUGUCUGACCUUCAUGCUCUCUGGAGUUCUAUAAACAUCCAAAACUUGCCCAGACAGGCAGCACAUUUGUUGUUAUCGUGUCUAAAGGGAAACUUGGGUCUGUGAUUGGCUGCUGAAAAAACUCAUGAUCAUCAUCAUCAAGAUCUGCAGAGGAGGUGAUCCCAAUCUAUUUUCCCAGAUACACCAAACUUCAACACAUUUAUAACGCAACUGCCAACAUGUACCUGGAUACAAACAACUAUGAAAAUAUUUUGCAUAGUUCUGAUUCUGAAUAGGUUUCCAAUAUCAUGUUUGUUAACGCGAAGUGAGUGAGGCUCUUGUGCAUCGUAUUUCAAGUAGGUCACAUGUUUCAGCUCAGUGUGCAUCCGUACUUGUUAAUGAUGGUGCACAACCAGCUGUGGUCUGUGAUGAUGUGAAACAGCCAGGUCCAGCUCUGCUAGCCGUUCAAGUAACAUUGAGUGAUGCUAAACAAUGUGUACAUAAAGAAAAUACUUA